AACAACACCUUAACCCAAAAUUCUAAACUCAUAACCAUCUCUCUAUCUCUCUCUCAUCAGAAUGCCUCCUUCAGUUAUACAUAAUCCCUCCUCCUAUCACAACCAUUCUCAACCAUCUCCGGCGCCACGCGCCACCACUCCAGAUCCACGCGCCACCACCACCGCCGUUCCAGACUCCAUAUCCCAUUUCCACACACACCCAAUAACUCCAAACCAGUGUUGUUCCUCCGUCAUUCAACAAAUCAACGCCCCAAUCUCCACCGUCUGGUCUUUCCUUAGAAGAUUCGAUAAUCCACAAGCAUACAAACACUUUCUCAAGAGCUGCCACGUCAUCAACGGCGACGGCAACGUCGGUACUGUCCGUGAAGUCCACGUCAUCUCCGGUUUACCGGCGGCUAAUAGUAAGGAACGUCUGGAAAUACUCGACGACGAGAGCCACGUCAUCAGCUUUAGUGUCGUUGGUGGGGACCACCGAUUGGCUAAUUACCGGUCCGUUACCACUCUUCAUCCGGCCGGUCGGGAACAAGGAGAGUCGACCGUUGUUGUGGAAUCGUACGUUGUUGAUAUUCCGGCCGGUAAUACUAAAGAAGAAACUUGCGUUUUUGUUGAUACGAUCGUGAAGUGUAAUCUUCAAUCGCUAUCGCAGAUCGCUCAAGAUUUGGCUAGACGAACAUGUAAUUAGUUUUGGAAAAUUAUGAAAUUACCUUUUUCAAAUAAUUUAUUUCCUUUUUUUUUAUUUGCAAAAGAUUAAUAUUAAUAGUAGAUAUGUGCACAUUUUCCCUA